GACAAAGUAGUAUACACUUAUAGGUGGUGGUGGUAGAGGAAAGAGCUUGCAUAGACAUCAUGACAAACACCAUUGAAACACCUGUAUCACUUAGACUGUCAUCUGUGAAGAAUAUAAUCAUCGUGUUGUCCGGAAAAGGUGGGGUCGGUAAAUCAUCAUCCUCUGUUCAGCUCGCUCUGUCUCUACUCUCUCUGACUCCCACGACCAGAGUCGGCCUUCUUGACCUAGAUCUCACCGGUCCUUCGAUACCUCGCAUGGUCGGUCUCGACGUUCCAACAGCCACUGUGCAUCAGUCCUCGGCCGGCUGGGUUCCGGUGUAUGUUGAUCAAGGCCGACGAUUGGGUGUCAUGAGUAUUGCCUUUUUGCUCAAGGAUAGAGGGGAUAGCGUUGUCUGGCGAGGACCCAAGAAAGAUGGGAUGAUCCGUCAAUUUCUCUCAGAGGUUCGAUGGGGAGAUUUGGAUUAUUUGGUCAUUGACACUCCUCCCGGCACAUCAGACGAACACAUAUCUCUUAUGACGCACUUACACCCUCUUUUCAGUCCCAACCUUUCUCGACCAACCACACCUUCGUCCAUACUCAUCACCACUCCUCAAACCACGGCCCUGAAUGACACUAUCAAAUCCUUAUCUUUCACCAAAAAACUCGCUCUUCCAGUAUUAGGAUUAGUGGAAAACAUGUCAGGUUACGUCUGUCCUUGUUGCGGAGAAAUCAACGAUUGUUUCGGCCGCGGCGGAGGAGAGGAUAUGGCUCAUCGAAAUGAACUCCCUUUCCUUGGUCGGGUGCCUAUCGAUACUGUGCUUGUGAGCCUUUUGGAUGCAGCA